AGGGGCAAUUGAGUGUCUCCGAUUAAUGUUGCAUGUUUUUGGGAUAUGGGAGGAAACCGGAGUGCGUGGAGGAAACCCACGCAGGCAUGGGGAGAACAUGCAAACUCCACACAGGCGGGUCCAGGAUUGAACUCCGGACCUCAGAACUGUGAGACCAACGUUUUCCAGCAGCUGAGCCACCGUGCCGCAUCGGGCUUGGGGGGUUGGAGGUGCUGGAAUGCAUGCAUGUGAAGGUGACCCUGUGGAGGCGCGGAGCAAGGUCAUGCACUCCGCUAGACGGACCAUGUUGACACCGAAAUGAAGACACCGGUAGCCCAGGCUUGGAAGACUCCGGUCCUGAUGGAGUGAAAGUGCAACUGGCUGGAAGUGAAAGCACCGAGUCGGACUGGAAAGCAGGUCACAGCCAUCCAAAUAUGCGCCUUGGAGUGCGCUUGCGAGUCGUCCCUUUAUUUAAUUCAGUGGUCGCGUUGUCGUGAUGUUCAACACUUCAGGCACUGAGCUCCCUUUGAACAAGAAAGAGGAGCUUUGUGAAGUGAUCAAUGGCACUUUUCAGCUUCUUUACAACGUCUUGGAUAACAUGGGUCCCACAACCACGCGGAAUGAGUCGUGCGGGGAGCAGCUGUUGGUAUUCCGGCGCCCGGAGAAGAUUAUCAUCGGAGUGCUGCUGGCAGUCAUCACAGCGGUCACCGUAAUGGGGAACACGCUGGUCGUCAUUGCGGUAUGCGUGGUGAAGAAAUUAAGACAACCCUCAAACUACCUCCUGGUUUCUCUAGCCGUUGCCGACCUCUCCGUGGCCAUCGUGGUGAUGCCGUUUGUAAUAGUGACCGACCUCACUGGGGGCAAGUGGCUUUUUGGCGAGGUCUUUUGCAACAUAUUCAUCGGCAUGGAUGUCAUGUGCUGCACUGCCUCCAUUAUGACCCUGUGUGUGAUCAGCGUGGACAGGUAUCUUGGGAUCACACGGCCCCUAACCUACCCUGCACGACAGAACGGUCAGCUGAUGGCAAAGAUGAUCUUGGGCGUGUGGUUGGUGUCGGCAUCCAUCACUUUGCCUCCCUUCUGUGGCUGGGCCAAAAACGUCCACACAGCCGGCGUGUGCCUCAUCAGCCAAGACUUGGGCUACACCAUCUAUUCCACAGCAGUAGCCUUCUACAUCCCUAUGCUGGUAAUGCUGUUCAUGUAUUACAAAAUAUUCCGGGCAGCCCGCAAGAGUGGUGCCAAACACCGCUUCACUGACCUUUCCCGCCGUGAGCGCCUCGAAACGGUGGCUAAUGAGGCGCUACGAAUGCAGGGCCUAAAGCCUCCUGGUGUGGCAGAGGAGUGCGCUGCCCUGUCCCGACUACUGAACCGUGAACGGAGGAACAUCUCCAUUUUCAAACGAGAACAGAAAGCGGCCACGACACUGGGGGUUAUUGUGGGAGUUUUCACUGUGUGUUGGCUACCAUUCUUUAUUCUGUCCACCGCGAGGCCCUUUAUAUGUGGGGUAGUGUGCAGCUGUGUGCCCAUCUGGCUGGAGCGCACACUUCUCUGGUUAGGUUACGCCAACUCCCUAAUGAACCCCUUCAUCUAUGCCUUCUUCAACCGAGACCUGCGCUCUACUUACCGUGACCUUCUUCGCUGCAGGUAUCGGAACAUCAACCGCCGUCUGUCGGCAGUGGGGGUGCACGAAGCCCUCAAGGUUUGAAGACGUUUCACAGAUGACAUUGACUCACAGGCUGAGACGUGUUGCCCUGCGCUUGUACGCGCGUAACUCGUGGAUUCUUGCGUGUAUGCAGGAGGCCUGUAGAUUAAACACAUUCUGACAGAAUGUGAGUCACUGUUGGUAGCUCUCUGGUCCCACUGCAAAGGCAGAUAGACAGCAUCAUCAUUUCUGUGUGUGUGUGUGUAUGUUAGAGCGAGCGACCGAGACUCAGUUAUGCUAUUUUUGGAAAGAAAAUCAUAGAGCGAACUUUUUGAAAGAUUCAAGUAGACACUGCUUUUGUGGGUUCAUUGUUGUGGGGCACAAUUUGGAUUACACAAUUUUGUGGUUUUCAAAGAGAAUGGAGGCUAAUCAAUUUCUGUAGCAUAUAAAAAUCAAUAAUGAAUCUAAAAACAAGGCAUACUAAGUUCUUCUGUUGAACAAAUCCUGUAUAAUUUACCAUGCACAUAAGUAUAACCUGCACCAAGUUCUAGUAUGAAAGUGGUUGUAUCACUGCAUUUAUGAAAGAACAUGAUAAAUGUUUGUUUAAACUGGGGUGAUGAAAGAGGAAAUAGAUUUUACCUGUGAAAAUGUUGAUGGUCUGUUUGAUGUGUGCAUGAAAGAUUUGUCACACAUGCUACUUUGAGAUUUCAAAUAGCCAAACGUAAGUGUCCAUGUUUCACACCGUCACACACUUGAAUUCUGUAUGUCUUGAGUUUGUUCACUGCUGUUGUUUUUUUUUCCCCCCACACCACAGUUGUCUUGCUGACCUUGAUAAAAACAAAGUAAAUGUUUCACUUUAAGAGAUAACAUAAUCCAGAGACUGCUCCACUGGUACUCAACCCUGUCUCUUUUUAUCUAUGUUUGUGAGAUCACCGGACAACGCGGCCUUUUCAAGUUCUUCCAUAUACAAACGUGUCACAUGCCAUCAGUCAACCAGUGUGUGCUGAUUCUACCUCGACUUUUGAAAAUCUGUACAUUACCUCCAGGCUGAUGUCACUCAAGAUUCCUCCUUUUUGUAAUCAACAGCUGUUUUUUAGUCACGUCAAGUGGAUUUCCAACUGCUCUGUAAUUGCCCUCUUUCAAUGGUUUGACAUGAUUUUAUGUGGCAUAGUAUCUAUUAACUUUGUACAUAAAGAAAUCUCUGGUCAUAAUGUCACUGUGCUCCCGGCCAAUUCUCACAUUAUUUCGAUGGAGUUGGUGCAGCUCUCCCCCCCUGCCACACAGUCAAACUGCAGACACGAUCUACAAAGGCGAUCUCGAUCAUCUGUUGUUAUUUCCAGAUAAACCUGUCAUUAUUUUGAGCAAGAUUACACCUUCAUACAAAUUGAAUCACAAUCUACAUUAGAUUGAUGGAUUUGUACAGACAAAAGGCACACCUAAAGGCCUGUUUGAUGUGUUUGACAAUAUUCACCGAAAACAACUGCCCUUAUUAUUUUGUUGGCCUGCAACUAAAUAUUUUAUUUUUAUAUUCUAUGCGUGACAGCUCUCU